UCCUGCUGAGUCAGUCCAACCUCUGUAACCCAGGCGGCAGUGCACGGGGCUCUCUCUUCUACUUUCCAACCUCCGUCCAGCUUUAACUAUUAGUGUGGGAAUCAAGUAAGACCCACUGAUUUACACCUGCAGAACCCGAGGAACCGUGGUCGCGAUGAGAAGACUCGUCUUAGGACUGUUGGCGUUCGUCUUGGGCGCAAGUGUGGUGGCCGCAGAUAUUAAAAUGGACGUGGACAUUACCGAGAAACUGAGCCACUUCUCAGAGUUUCGCUUCCCGGGCAACAACCAUGAAGGCAGCUGGCUUAAAGCACGAGGCUACAUCGAAAACCAGUUUAAGUUCUAUGGACUGACAGUGGAGAAGCAGACCUUCAAUGCGACAGUCAGCACGAUCGUAGAUGGAGAAAAGACUGUUGAAGGCGUCAAUAUCAUCGGGCUGGCACCGGCCAUCAGCAACAAGCCCGGCGCCGUCGUGGUCGUGGGAGCCAACUACGACUCGAACACACGCGAUGACCCCGGACCCCUCUUCAACAACGGCGCCGGCAUUGCAGCGCUCCUUGAGACGGCGAGGCUCUUCAUGCACAACGUCAAAUGGUCAGGCGCCUUCAAGCAAAAUUUCACCACCAUCUUCGUCGCCUUCGAUCUCAACACGAAGGAACACGAUAGUGGCACUAGCAAACCUGGAGGCUGGUACUUCGUGAACGAAUGGCUGUGGGACUACCUGAACAAAACAGACACCAACUUCGGAGGUGCCUUCGUCGUCGACUCCAUCAUGAACUUCAACCAGGAACCCAAUUCUCAGGACAGCUCCGAGAACUUCCGCAUGAUGUUCCCGGAGACGUUCAACAGCAUGGCCAAGGACAACAUGAGAGGCAACUUCAUCGGCGUCGUCACACAGCCCGACGACAAGUCCAAGCAACUGAAGGACCAGUUUGUGGGUAACUAUCGCAAGGAUCGCAGGAGGAGGCCCUUCCGCCUUGAGGACAUGACGCUCCCUACCAAACUCCAUCAGAACCAGAUCAUCUCCGAACUGACCACCCAGGAGACCGUUGAAUUCUGGUCAUUCCAGGUCAACGGAACAGCUAUGCCCCUUCCGGCUGUUCUGAUUAGUGACACAGAGAAACUUCGAAAGAUGCCUGAGAGUCCUUGCGGAUCUAAAGUCUGCCCUGCUAAGGCCUGGUUGACGGAAGAACGGGAGGAGUUCCUCGUCGCCACCGUCAAGGGACUCACUGGUACCCUUCUGCGCCGUCAGACUACGCGUUUGCCUGAUAUAGUUGACAACGGUAGCGAGGCUGCAUCACUUCCAUCGCUUUUCACCACCAUCUUUCUUCUGCUGAUUGGGCGCUUUUACCAAUAAACCGCCAACUUUCUGCGCACGCAAAUGCCCAACACCAGCGAGCUCUUUGCCGCCUUGUCUCGGUUUCUCUGUUAUUCCGCUGACAAAACGAGAGGUUUUUGGAACUGCUCAAUGCCAAGCCUUCAGUCGUGCAGUAAAAAAAGAUUUUCCUAACUCCUCUAUUUAUUAAUUGAGUUAAAUAUUAUUUAAAUUAGAACAACUGAAAAAAAGUGUUACGGAGAAUGGAAAAUUUACUAGAUUCAACACCAUAUUAUUUACUUUGGUAUUUGUGUUUGAGUGAUUGUAAACCAUUGUACAGACUUUAACUAGUAGGUAUUACUUCAUCAGCUUAGGCAAUAAGUUACUUGUUUGAUCUUUUCUCAUUAUCUUCUUAGUAUAUAGAAUACUAAGUGGACAUUCUUUUACUUGUUCAAAAACAAUGACUUAAAUAACCAUCAGCCAUUGGAUUACAUUUGACGGAUAAAAAUACCUGAAAUUUUACUCUGGAAUAUGUUGUAUAACAUUUUGUUCUGCCUGUUAUAUACAUUAAAGUGUUUGAGUACA